AUGGCCGACCAAACAUCCACGGUCUCCACGGGCGCGAAUGCGUUCGGGACGAUCUCCAACAAUCACGGGGCAGUUAUAGGCAGCGCGUCAGGCACUGCGCACGUAAUCGGCACGCAGACAAGUUACAGUAACUACUACUACUACCACCCUGUGCGGCCGGAGACCCCUCCGAGCCCUUCGUGCUCCAUUCCCUUCCGGCGUGACCUAGACUUCGUCGACCGCAAAACGCUGCUCGAUCAGAUACUAGAGAAAUACUCGGCGGCACCAGCAGCUUGGAUAGCGCUGGUGGGCCUUGGAGGUGUGGGGAAGUCGCAGCUUGCUAUCGAGCACUGCUAUCGCACCGCUGAACGAUCGCCGGAGACGUGGGUUUUCUGGGCGCACGCUAGCAACGCCGCCCGCCUCGAGCAGAGCUACCAAGACAUUGCCGACCGAGUUAAGCUCGCCGACCGGAAAGACCCACAAGCAAACGUCUUCAAGCUUGUAUAUGACUGGAUGCGGGACAACAGGAAUGGAAAAUGGAUUCUUGUCCUUGACAAUGUCGACGAUGCUAGCUUUCUACUAGAGGCUCCAAGCGCCAGUUGCGUUGGGCAAACCAAUAGCUUAGAGGGCAAACGCUCGCAGCCACUCAUAACCUACAUUCCGCAAUGCCAGAACGGAUCCGUUUUGAUUACGACACGUAGAAGAAGCGCGGCGCUGCAGCUGGUGGAACAGCGCGAUAUAAUUGCAGUCGAGCCUAUGGACAAAAGUGAUGCACUCGCGCUUCUGCAGAAAAAGUUAGGCCAGCAGGAUAGCAGUGAGGAAGUCAUCGAGCUUGCAGCCGUCCUAGAGUUUAUGCCGCUUGCUAUAGUCCAAGCCGCGGCAUAUAUCUCCCAGCGACGGCCCCGUUACUCUGUGCAACAGUACCUUGAAGAUUUCCGAAGGAGCGACCGCAAGAGAACAAGUCUCCUUGACUGUGAAGGAGGACAACUCCGCCGGGACUGGGAGGCCAAGAACUCCAUUAUUAUCACUUGGCAUAUAUCUUUUGACUACAUCCGCCGCAUCAGACCGUCCGCAGCUAGUUUGCUAGCGCUUAUGAGCUUCUACGACCGCCAAGGAAUUCCGGAGGCUCUACUUCGAAGUUGUGCUGAGGAAGAAGUCAGCAAGCAGGGCCAGGACAAGCCCGACAACAACGAUGACGAUUGGGCUGAGGGCGAAGAUAACGCAUCGCAAUUAAGCGCAAGCAAUGGGUUUGAAGACGAUGUUCUGAUGCUACGCGAUUACUCGUUUAUUUCAGUCAAUAUAAAUGGUACAUUGUUUGAAAUGCAUGGGUUAGUCCAGCUAGCAACGCGAAAAUGGCUGGAUGUUCACGGGAAGCUUGAGAAGUGGAAGCAGCAAUUUAUUAGCAACCUUUGCGCAGCGUUUCCGACGGGAAAUUUUGAGAAUUGGGUAGUAUGCCAGGCCUUGUUCCCGCACGCGAUGUCUGCGGCAGCACACCGGCCAGAGAAACCAGGAUCGCUUAGGGAUUGGGGUUCACUACUAUAUAGGGCGGCAUGGUAUGCUUUGGAGAUAGGAAAUUGGGUUGAAGGGGGGAUAUUGUCGGUGCAGGCGAUGGAGGCAAGGAAAAAGACACUAGGUCAAGAUCACGAAGAUACACUCUGGAGCAUGGAAAUGGUAGGCAAUGCAUAUCGUCUCAGGGGCCAAUGGGAUGGAGCGGAAGAGCUAUUUAUGCAAGUGAUGGAGACUCGCAAGAAGAAGCUGGGAGCGGACCAUCCAGACACGCUGACCAGCAUGGCCAAUCUGGCCAUGGCCAAUCUUGCUUUUACCCGAAAAAUGCAGGGCCGUGAUACAGAGGCUAUUAAACUUAUGACUCAGUGUGUGCAGUUAACACGUCACUGUCUCGGCGCGAGUCAUCCAUAUCAUAUCUCUUCCUCAAAGACGCUAGCAGGAUGGGAAGCAGAGGAAGUUGAUCUCUUAAUCGAUCUGAAUCACUUACACAGAGGUUGUUACAUAAGAUGUAUAAGAUAA